UUUGUAGCUAAAUACUUAAAUGAAGUACACCACCCAAAUUUGAAAUCUUUUGUUUAGAGCACAUCCAAUUUUUGACCUCCUUCCAAGAAAGGUCAUGAUCUGGGUUUGCUAGUUCAUCUCACCAAGGUCAUGAUCUUUCAUUGCUCUAGCCUCUAAGCACUCUGAUUUAUUAUUUGCUCCAUAUUUUUCAUUCCAUACCCACUUGAAUCAAUCAUUCACGUACGACAUGCGUGAAGGAUAAGAAUAACCAGUAUCAACAUUAUCUUUCAUUAUUCUUGUUUCUGAAUUCAAACAAACAUGGCAGAUCGAUCAUUUAAACGUUUUGUUGAACAAGAACUAGGAAAGUUUCCACACUUCUUGAUCUUCACCAUGCUUGAAUGGGUGAUGAUAAUUAUGCUAUUCAUUGAUGGGUUUCUUGCAUUUGUUGCCAAUGAAUUUGCCAAGCUUUUUGAAUUGCAAGUCCCUUGCCUGCUUUGCACAAGAAUUGCUCAUGCAUUGGUCCACAGAGACCCUGAAUUCUACUACAAUGAUUGGAUGUGUGAAGCUCAUAAGAAAGAUGUUUCCUCUCUGGCAUAUUGCCACAAUCACAAGAAAUUGUCAGAUGUAAGAAAGAUGUGUGAAGGUUGCCUUUUUUCAUUUGCAAUAGAAAAAGACUCUGAUUGCAUCAAGCACAAGCCUGCAGUUGAGAUUUUGAAUAAAGAUCUCGAGUGCUCUGUUGGGGAUGAUAGCCAAAUGCCUUUAAGUUUGACUGCAGGAAAAAAUGAUGAUUUUGUGCAUGCUGAGAAGAGUAGCAUCCGCUAUUGUUCAUGUUGUGGAGACCCUUUGAAAAUGAAAUCAUCAUAUUCAAAGGGAAAAGGUGCCAAUGCAUACUCACUAAGUCCCACUCCUUCACCACGAGCACCGUUUGUGACAUUAUCAAGGGAGACUUGCAGUCUGAAUUCGCCGCGCACUCGAUAUGCAAAAUCCAAAUUUAUUUCUGAACAUGACUCAGCUCCUGAAGAUGGCUCGAAUGGAUUCAUUCCCGACACUCAAGUUAGGGAAGAUGCCAAGGCUACUACAGUUUUGUUAUUGACAGAAUCUGAGGAUUUGAAUGGCAAUGCCUCCAAGAGCCCCAACUUUGGUAGAGGGAACAGAUUCUUUGGAAUUUCACCAACAAAUUCACCCACUAACAGUCCUAGGUUUGGUACUAGGAGUUCAAGGAAGUCUCCACUUGGAAAAACAAUGUUUGCUUCAGGGUGUACUGAGGAAAAUCUGCCAAUUAUUGAAGCCGAUGGUGAUUACAUUUUGCAUCAUUUGAAGAGACAGGUUCACUUGGAUCGCAAGUCGUUGAUUGCUUUGUACAUGGAAUUGGAUGUAGAAAGAAGUGCUUCAACUGUUGCAGCUAACAAUGCAAUGGCCAUGAUCACCAGAUUACAAGCAGAAAAGGCAGCUGUUCAGAUGGAAGCCUUGCAGUAUCAAAGAAUGAUGGAGGAGGAGGCAGAGUAUGACCAAGACGUCCUACAAGAAACGAUUGAUUUGCUUGCCAAGAGAGAGGAAGAAAUCAGGGUUUUAAAGGAUGAAAUUGAGGAAUAUAGAGAAAAAUAUGGAAGCCUAAGAAAAGAUGGUUUCGAGAGAGUCGUUGAAGUUGAGGCGAAUGAGGAUUACCUAGAGUAUAUAUCAAAACCAUACUCAUCUUACAGUGCAAAAUCUGAAAGUUGCAGUUCCAAUUCUAGUGUCAAUGAAGGGGAGAUUAAUGGAGAGGAUGCAUAUGGACCUGGUACACAAAGUGAAUCCUUGAAAGAAUUCAAAGGGGAGGAAACACAUCCUCUCAGAAGGCUUAAAAAUUUGGAGAAGAGAAAUCACUUCCUAUCAGAAAAUGGAGCUCUUUCCUCAGAGUCUAGCUCUAACCGUGUUGAGGAAACAAAUGAUGAGACAGGAAAGCAAAGAAAAUCUAUCCUAACAAAAGAAUUAUCUCAUCUUAGUCAAAGGGUAAAGGACCUUGAAGCAGAUAAUGGAUUCCUAGAGCAUGCUGCUCAGACACUCGAGAAACAUAGUGAAGGGGCAAGACUUCUGAUAGAGAUAUCUCGAAAUAUGCGUAAACUUCGGCAAUUGGUGACAAUGAAUCUUGAAGAGAAUGAUGAUUCAUUCUUAGCCUAAUCUUUUUAUGGUGAAAUAGCUUUAAGAUUGCAUUGCCCUUGAUGUCUGCAAAAGCUUCAAAUUUUGAAUGCAACCUAUCGAUUGACUUUGGUUUAGUGCAUGGGACGACAGAGAAUGAGAAAAGUGCUUUAAAGAUUGUAUUAGGCACUAGAAUUAGAAAAAAGUUAUUUGUUGCUGAGCUGGACUAAAAUCUGUGCUACUUCUAUUACAAGGGAGCUGAGAGACUUUUGGUGAUGUCAAGUAAGGUAGAAAGGAAACACAGAUAUUCAUAUCUGAUGAGGGAUCCAUAAAAAGUGGAUAACCAAAAAGCCUAUUGAGCCCAAUGAGUUGCUUGGAGUAUUAUUGUUUAUCCCUUUAAGAUUGGAUGCUUUUGAAUCCAAAUCUUUUGUUUUAUAAUUGAUAGAAUGUUUUCUAUUUUGGUGUAAGACUAAUGCUAACUAUAUUAUGCUUGCACAUUGUCUUGUAUAUUUUACUACUGUAACGUUCUAAUAGAAAGUCCAAACCACAUGACCUAUAUUCUAAAAUGACUAGUCAAUGAUACAAUUAAAGCCU